AUGCGCUCUCCGGCGAGCCUGCUGCACCGCAGCACGGCCGCCGCCGGCCCCGGCGAGCCUCCAUCGCUGCCGCCGCCUCGGCCCGAGCAGCAGUCGCUCGUGGUCACCGUGGACUCGGACAUGGUGGUGAUCCUGGCGUCGCUGCUCUGCGUCCUCCUCUGCGUCCUCGGCCUCGCCCUCCUGUCCCGGCGCGCGUGCCGCCGCCGGUCCUCCGACAACUACCCUCCUCCCCCCAAGGGCCUCAAGAGGAAGGCCAUCGACGCGCUCCCCACCGUCUCCUUCGCCGCGGCAGCUUCGUCGUCGUCGGAGUGCGCGAUAUGCCUGGCGGAGUUCGCCGACGGAGAGCCCGUGCGCGUGCUCCCGGGAUGCGGCCACGGCUUCCACGUCGCCUGCGUCGACGCCUGGCUCCGGACUCGCGCCACGUGCCCGUCCUGCCGGGCCGCCAUCGUUGCCACGCCCAUGCAGAUGCAGGUACAGCCAGCGGCGACGCCCACCGUGGUAGUUGUCGUGGCAGGGAGUAGCAGCUGCCGGAGAUGUGGCCAGGUGACGGCGCCGGCCGGUGCACGUGCUGCCGACGGGGCGUUCUUGGCUUAG